UGCUUCAUGUUCAUGUUCCGCUCCAGGAAGAACGCCCUGGUGAAGCGAGCCUUGAAGGCGCGGCGGGCGGGGCUCGGCGACGCCCGCGAGGACGUGCCGCAGGCGCUCAAGGGCGCGGCGCUGCAACUUCUCCGCCGCCUGACGGAGGCGCAGCUGGAACUGCUCGUGACUGCGCUUGACUCCGGCGGCGUCGAGCCCGGCGAGUGCGUGCUCGUGCCGCGGGCGACCGACGCGGGCGUGGGCGGUGCCGCCCUCGCGCCACACCUCCUCAUGGUCAGGGUGUGGCGCUGGCCCGACCUCCACGACGCCCCCGGCGCCCAUGACAGCACGCCCCUUCGCCGUCUGCCCUGCUGCGCCGCCCGCAACGACCACGUCUACGUGUGUGCCAACCCAUACCACUGGGCCCGAGUCCUCCAAACAGAAUCCCCGCCUCCACCUUACAGGAGGUUUAGCAGUCGCGACCUCCUCAGACCAGAAGAUGCCGCCCCCAGUGAAGACAGUCAGUGCCUGGUGGAGUCCCAGGAAACUGGCGGGACCCACGACUACGGGUCAUAUUCCACCCAUGGACCCGGCUCCGUGAUCUGGUGCCGCGUGGCCUACUGGGAGGGUCGGGAGCGGGUGGGCCGCCUGUACCCCGUCCGUAGCCCUUCCCUCAACAUCAUGGGCAACAUACCUCACGGGGAAGGCCUGUCGCUCGCCUCCCUCGCCGCCAGCAGCCACACCUCGCCCUCGGAACAAGUCAGGAGAACCAGGGAGAAGAUUGGCCUUGGUCUGGUGCUUUACCAAGACGGCGACGGCGUGUGGCUGUACAACCGGGCGGAGAUCCCGCUCUUCGUGAACUCCCCGACGCUGGACGGCGGCGUCCACUGUCGCGCGGACUUCAUCGUGCACAAGCUUCCUCCGGGGCAUAUACUGAACAUCUUCGACUACGAGAAGGCCCGCGAGUACCAGAAGCUGCCCGUCCACCCGGCGCUGCUCCACGUGGGCCCCAUCGACCAGAACUCGGUGCACGUGUCCUUCGCCAAGGGCUGGGGCCCCAACUACCGGCGGCAGGCCAUCACGGAGUGCCCCUGCUGGCUGGAGAUCCUUCUUGUGCCUGCAAGAUGAUGACAUCAUUCUCUGGCGCUUUUUCCACUGCCCAUCACAGUUCUGCCUGCCUGCUGUCUGCUGCUGGCUGGUCCAGCAGUACUACCAGGGGGCACACGCAGCUCAAUCCGUUUGGAGCAGCAGUAGCAGCAGUUCACCAAUGGAACGUGUAAUGGCUGUAAAUGCUGAGCGGGAUAUAGCAUCAUAACUAUGGGUAGCUUUGAAGUAGUGUUGACCCAGCUAAGUAAGGCUAGAACGCGCACUGGCGCAGUCCACACCACUGAAUGUGGUUCAGUUGCAAGGAAACGCAACCGCGCCGAGUCGGAGAGCCGGGAACUACAGCGAGUGUAGUCACUGCGAGGCAAUCGGCGGUUCGGGAGAAAGUGAAGCAACUGCCUGUACAGAAAAUCAGCUUGGUCAGUGUUAAUGACAAGAUGAAGCGAGAGAGAUUAUUUCAGAUUUGCUAUUAACGGGUCAAAGAUUUGUUGGACAUUUGUAUGUGGUUACUUUGCCAGUGAAUUUGGGCACUAUGUGUCAAAAGAUUUUUUUUGUAAUGAAAUCUAGUCUGUUUGUUAUUUUUGUUACUAUCUCCUAUCACAUUUGUCUGUUUAUGUUACUAAUAUCCUUCCGAAAUAACUGUUAACAAAAAAGUUAAUGAUAAAUGGUUGCCUUUACAAAAGCUAGAAUGCAUGUAUGACAAAAAGAAGAAAAACAAGGAAUACCAUGUGAAGUAUUUGUAUGUUUCCCUUAUCCAACACACAUGGAGUAGAGGCUUACCUCUAACUUUUGUGAAUGUGACCAUGAGCUGGCAUUUGUCCCUCUGAACUACAUAGCUCUUGCACAGUAUGUAGCCGCAAAGGCAAAUGCUGAAAUUAUUUUUAUAUGAACAAAGUUAGUAUGGCAGUGAAAACACUUUCAUAAAGUGUCUGAUGCUUAGCAUAUAUAAUCUCUGCCUCUUAUAUUCAUAAAAAAGUGCUCUAUAUGCAAUGUGUUCCAUGAGAAGCAAGAAGAGGUAUUGCUUAUUAGAAUUAAUAAAACAAGAAAGGUCAGACAAGAAUGAAUUGCUUGCCUUUUGGAUACAGUUCCACUUGCAGCAAAAUAAUGCGCUACCUAGUCUGUGCUAACUGCAUGUGGGCAUGCUAGCCAUACAUGGACCUAUGCAGACUAGAGUCGAUGUCCCAAAGGUGCUACGUAGGAAAAAAAGGAUCUUUCACUCCGCCGAAGUACAAAUGACUUCCUUUGAGAACCCUGGUGCCCUAUCCUAGUAUAUGUCCCCUUCUGCUGUAUGAGCAUAGCAUAUCUCACAAGUCACACACUCAUCCACACCAUCUUGUACUCCACUGCUAAUAUUUCCCUCUUUCUUCUUCUUCUUCUUCUUCUUCUUCUUCUUCUUCUUCUUCUUCUUCUUCUUCUUCUUCUUCUUCUUCUUCUUCUUCUUCUUCUUCUUCUUCUUCUUCCUCCUCCUCCCUGUACCCAAUUUGUACAGUAUGUCCCUAUAAUGAUUUACAGACUUCCAAAGUGCCAUGAAGGAAUUCAAAAAGAGUUUUUUGCUUUAAGUAUAAUAAUGCCCAAUCUGUUAGUGUAAUGGUAAAGUUUAGUCUUCAUAGAGAGGAAAAAACUUUUAACUAUAUAGUGUAUAGUUAAAUCUGUUUUUUUUUAUUAAGUUCUCCUUUUUAUACAAAGUGUUUAUGUCAAUUUUGCGGGUAAAUUAUUAUGAUCUUUCACUGUAAAUGUGAUCAAGACUAUUUUGCUAUAUUUAGUAUUCAUUGUGUACCAUUGUAUUUAAAAUAAAGCUUCACUAAUUUUCAGAAUAUUUAAUCUGAAGGUACCAAUGUUGCCUGCUAUCAAUCAGUAACUCCCUUUUGCCAGGAAGUGCCUCAGCAUGUAGCAGAUUUCAGAUAUUUAAAACAUUACAAUUUAAACCAGACUUGGGCCAAAGAUACUACAUCUGUCACUAGAAAACUAAUUACGAAUGACAAUUAUCUUUGUACCUUUGUAAGAAACAAGUUAUUAGACAAUCAAAUUUUUUAAGUGUUUUAUUUUCUGGUUGGAAAGGAAAAAAAAUAUAAGGUCUGUACCACAUUCUAUGAAUAAAUGUAAGCAGAAGUUUUAUUUUCAGUUGAUAUUACACUUGUUUUGUGUACGGAAGAAUACUUGAGACCGUGAUAUUAAGGGCAGCACUUGUUCCGACUGUUCUAAGUUGUGAGAAGAGGUGUGCUAGGGUAGUGAAACUUAAUCCUUAAUUAGUGUGUAAAGCAUAUUAUAUGUAGUCUUUUUUUUCAUUUGGAGAAGCAGUAUAAGUGAAGCACUUUGAUCACUUUUUGUUUUUUUUCAUAGCCUCCAGGGUUAAAUUCUCAGUGCAUUUUGUGGGGAAAAUUGCAAGAUGCCAGUGUAUUCUGUGGUUUAUUGGCAAAUCCAAAAAUUUUAAACUGUGAACUUUUAUUCCUUAUUAAUUCAUAUGUAGGGAGGUUCUGCUGGUUGCUGUGUGAGAGAAUUAGACCCUGGUCACUGAUUACAAUUACGUGGGAUGGGAUGGGACCAAAAUAUGCAGAAGUGCCUCUAUGGGAUAAUACAGGGUAAUAACGUGGUUGGAUACUGAUACGUAGCAUGUAAAGGUUAAUCUUAAAACGCAAGUCUAAUGUGAUAAAACUUCCAAUGGUAACUUAGAGGUGUUUUAAACCAUGGGAAAGGAGGACUGUGUGAUAGCUAAUGAUAUGGUUGUUAGGAAUGUAGUUUAGUGUAUUGAUCUAGAGUUGUAGUGUUUCUUAAAGAAGUGUGAGGAUCAGGCCUAUAGCAUAAAACUUAUGUGAUGGCAAACUUUCUCAAUGAUAUUUUGAGGACAGACUUCAGUAAGACUUAAUUUUUUGUUGCUCUUACAAAUAAGGAAAUAAGUCUUAUUGUAACAUUCACUGUUGUAAUCUCAAUUUAUCAGAAUUAAGAUGUUUACUUUGUAUAAGAAGGUAAUCAUACCUGGAAUUAGGGUCUCUUGAUGCUGUGGUUUUGAAAAAAGGAAAUUUUAAAUAUUUGAUGAACUGAAUGGAUAUGGUAUUAAAGAGUGUUUGUAGUGAAUGACUGAAUUAUCUAUUAUCUUAAGUUACAAACUGAAGCAAGCUGUUAGAAUUGCAUACUUAUUUUUCUGGGUAGGAAAAAAAAUAAAACAAAACAUACAAAAAAAAACUACAUGGAAAGUAAACCAAACCUUUUUCAUACAUAUUUUUUUUCUAUUCAUAUAUAUAUAUAUAUAUAUAUAUAUAUAUAUAUAUAUAUAUAUAUAUAUAUAUAUAUAUAUAUAGUUUAUCCUUGGGUAAGAGUGUAAACAUUAUAUAGCAAACAGUAAACAUGCCAACUGAGGCUAGAAACGGCUGAACACAUCAUUUAAGCGUUGGUUCUGUCUUAAUGUCAGGGUGUUGUGCAUUUACUCAUGAACACAACCAUCUCGUCACUACUCGGGCAGGCUCAGGCAGUGGCGACCCCACCUGCUUUUGUCUCGCUAGUUCUGACGAGAGGAGAUAUUUGUAAGUUAUUUUCUAAGUGGCAACCUGACCCCUCUCUUCAACCCACCUAAAAGUCUGACCGGCUGUACAAUGUAUCCAAGAGUGUACAUAAUGUAUAUAAGAGGUUACUAAAGUUAAUUUGGAGAAGCACAGGCUGGUUGCUUGAUUUGACCUGCCUUAUAUUUUUGUUAACCUGGCAAUGCUACCUACCACUGCUUCACCAUGGUAUACUAUGUAAUAAUAAUAUGGGUCGACCAUGUACAUUUGAUUUUUAAUAAAACUUUUAAAAUAUUUUA